AUGUCACACAACGCCAUCUCAUACCUGCAGUUCAUCUCUCGCUUUGGUCUUGCGAACAAGGUGCCGAUAGACGGGGAGAUUUCUUUCAAAGAUCUCGCAGCCACCAUUGGUAUUAACACCGCGGCGACCACCAGUAUACUGCGGCUAGGCAUUGCGUUUCGCAUAUUCACAGAGCCCCGUCCUGGCUUCAUCGCGCACUCUGCAGCUUCACGACAGAUGGUUAACGAUACGCGAGUGUCAGAUUGGGUUGCAGUGACUACAGAAGAACUGUGGCCAGCAACGCAAAAGCUCACUGAUGCCUUGACGACCUGGCCCAAGGCCGCCGAGCCAAAUCAAACUGGGUUCUCGCUGGCCAACAAGACAAACCUGCCAUUUCAUGAGGUGCUCGUCCAGAAUCCCGAACGCGCACGCCGAUUUGGAGGUGCCAUGAGCUCCUUUACCACUGGUGAAGCAUAUUCUCUGCGCCAUCUGACAGACGGUUAUUGUUGGUCUUCAAUCGUCCCGGGGACUGUGGUCGAUCUCGGAGGUUCUCAUGGUGAUGCGGCAUUUGCUCUCGUUCGAAAAUACCCAGGUCUUCAGCUCGUGGUACAGGACCUUCCAGGUGUGAUCUCGAACUCAAAGACAGAGGAAGGGCUAGAUGUGAGGUUCAUGGCGCAUGACUUCUUCGAAGAGCAACCUGUGAAGAAUGCUAACUUAUACUAUUUCCGUUGGACCUUGCAUAACUGGCCGGAUAUAUACUGCGUCAAGGCGCUCAGGGCUUUGAUACCCGCAUUGAAGAAAGGCGCACGUAUCCUGAUCAUCGAUGCAGUGAUGCCUCCACCUGGCGCAUUGCCGAACGGCCUUGAUCGAAAGCUCAGGGCGAUGGAUUUGACAAUGCUGGAAGUAGGCAAUGCUAGAGAGCGAGAGUUGGAAGAGUGGAAAGCGCUACUUAUCGAAGCCGACGCAAGAUUCAAGUUUCACGACUUGCAUCAGCCACCAGGUUCUGCACUUGCGAUCUUCGAAGCCAUAUGGGAUGAAGAACCCGCGAGCUCGAAAAUCGUUUAA